ACCUGCUUAGUUUAGUAGAGAGGUAAAAUAUUUACCUGUGUAUGUAUCAUCAUAUGCGAAGUAAAACGUGAAAUAUAAUACCGUUUUGUGAUGUGUUUUAAACAAUAGUGCUAAAAAUGUUGAAUAUUUUGGUUUAUUAGGUGGGACUCGGUCAAAUAGAAAGAAAAUUUAUUUGUCAUUACCAUGGCAUACCAUUCCAAUGGCUAUUCUCCACAAGAUGAAAGAGAAAUUGAUAGAGAUGACAGAGGUACCGAAGGAAGUGAUAAGCCCACGUACCACAUGGAACAUUUGGCGACUUUUACUGUUUCCAAAGACAACGGAAUAGUUUAUCCGGCAGAUGGAAUGAGAAGACUUUUGCAACUGGAACAAUCCAAUGGCAUUUGGUCGCAAAAGAUGCAGCUUUGUCUGGAUCGCUCCUGGGUAUUAAUAAUGGAUUUUGAAUCUGGGACUGUAAUGGAAAGAUUUCCAGCGAAUUCUAUUCAAGAACCGACAGCUUUUACGAGUCACGAUCCCAUGGAGAUAUACAACAAUAUACUUGUAUUUAUCGUAACAAAUUCGAAUCCCUCGUACCCUCCCGAAAUGCACAUAUUUCAGUGCCAAAGCAUAUCCGCUCAAGAUUUGGUAGAAGAUUUGAAACAGUUAAGAAUGGGAAAAACCUUAACAAGAAGUCGAAAAAGUAGCAUUCCUCCACCCUCUAAUAAACCACCGCCCCAACAUAUUAUAAAUCCGUCACGAGAAGCGUACCGUGAGUCUGAUUCAGAAUUAACGUUAAAUAAUGAUGACACGAGUUCGACAACAAGUGAAAAAUAUGAAAGAGAUGUAACCAUAUUAAAUCAUUGCUUUGACGAUAUAGAAAAAUUUAUAGCGAGACUGCAACAUGCUGCUGCCGCUUCCAAGGAAUUGGAGCGACGAAGGCGUAGUCGAAAAAGUAAGAAAAGAGAUAUGGGGGAUGGAAUGUUAUCGAUGAGAACAAAACCUCCACCGGAAAAAGAAUUUUUUGAUAUUUUUCAAAAGUUUAAGUUGUCUUUUAAUUUAUUGGCCAAGCUUAAAGCUCAUAUCCAUGAUCCGAACGCUCCGGAAUUGGUCCAUUUCUUAUUCACGCCGCUCGCCCUAAUUGUUGAAGCAUCCCACGAUACCCAUUUUGAUUUACAUUUACCGCAAAAAGUCGUAUCGCCGUUACUAACAAGAGAAGCGAUUAAUCUACUCAUGAAUUGUGUAACAAGCAAGGAAACAGAAUUAUGGCAUUCUCUUGGUGACGCAUGGUUGUUACCUAGGGAUCAAUGGAAAGGAAAUGUUUUACCUUACCACCCAGAAUUUAUGGACGGCUGGGCGCCCGAUUACCCUGUUAUAGACGAAAUGGAUUCUCAUGUUCAGAACAAACAGUAUCGAGAUUCCCAUGAACAUUACAGCAGUGACUAUAAUGACUACGAUUCAAAUCAAGAGAAUAUGUUCAUCUAUGACAGUCGAAGUAAUGAACCUCCCCAUCAUGACUCAAGAGAGCCAAAAAUUGAACCUAGCUCUGAAUUACCCCCAAAUCUUAGAGAUACCAGCACACGAAGCGAUAUUUCAGUAGACUCCAUCGAGAGAAAUGGCACAGAGGAAAGAGGAUUCACACGCAGUCAAGACAAUUGGUUGGAUAAUUUACAAGCUCGAGGUGCUGCUAUUGUUCAAGUAACUUAUCCACGAACUGCAAAUAAUGAUAAGGAAUUAACCGUCGCUCGCGGAGAAUUUUUGGAGGUUUUAGAUGACAGUCGUAAAUGGUGGAAAGCACGUAACAGCAGGGGACAAAUUGCCCACGUACCUCAUACGAUAGUUACACCCUAUCAAUUAGGCGGAAACGGGACAGACAGAAAUGAAGAUAUUUUUAAUAAUCCAUUAUACACUCAUUACAAUCGAAAUUCACAGCGACAGGAUUCUCCAUCUGAACGCUACAGUGGCGGACGAAGUCCCAUUGGAGCUGACCACGCACCUAGUUCUCCAUCAAUUUCUGCCGCACCGGCAGAUUGGGUUCGGAAGGAAAGGCUCGAAGAUAUAGAUACACGAUCAGGUCCUGUUCCACCUCCCCCUCCUCCUCCAAUGCCGACUGUGGAGACUAUACAACUGAAUGACAUACCUAAUACUGAACCAAUAAUUAGACCACCGUUAAAAAGAUCCCCUUCGAUUAUGUCCACAAUGACUACUACCAGUGAAAGAAUGCAGGAUGAGCUUAAUAUCGUAUUGAGCAUGUUUCGCGACAAUAAGUCGAAGAAUUAUGAUAUUACUCAAACGCCCGAAAUUUAUAUCGAUCAAAGAUCUACACCCAGCGAAGUUCAAGAGUGGUUACAAGCGAAGAUGUUUUCUGCGGAAAUAUGCGCCAAAUUUAAGAAAACCUCUGGAUAUCAACUGUUAGGGUUGUCCUAUGACCAACUGGAGAAAAUUUGUGGUCCUAUCGAAGGGAAACGUUUAGAAUCACAAAUUAAUGUACAGAAAGGAGUUUCUGGGUACCAAACAAUGGGAAGAUCUGAAUUGCAAGCGGUACUUGCUAAAGCGAGGAAGAAGAUAGAAAGCAAUUCUUAAAACUGUCUACUAGGCAUGGAAGUUUGUUAUAAUACACAGAGUGACUAUAGUAUAAUUAACAAGUUUUCACAUGUAAUGGCAAAGCUUUGAUAACUUGGUCCAUUAUGAAGCACACCACAUCUACUUUUCCCGAGUAAAAUCAACUUGCUUGCGUUCUGGGGUUGAUUUAAUUAAUUCAAUCAUUCCCUCUGAUGCUUGUUGGUUUACAACUUCAUUACAACCAGUAUAUUUAUUAGUCGUACUUUAAUUAAUUAUAUUUGUAAAGAAUAAACUUUAAUUUUGUGA